GCUCGUCCGCGCAUGCAAAUAGCGGCUUGUAAAUAAUAGUGGUGGUAACCCCAUCUCUUUGCUAACCAAAAGAAAGAAGAUGAGAAUCUUACUCUGCAACUGCAACUCUCCACCUUCACUCUCUCUAACGCCACCUCAGAAACCUCCUCCGUCAUUAUUUCCGGCCGCCGCCGUUUGGACCAAGAAAACCCUGAUUACUGCUCUUUCCGGAGCUCUCUCUUUAACUCUCCUAGUUUCUUCCCCGUCUCCUGCCCUUUCUAGCGAUUCGCCGCCUUUUCAACCUCCUCGACCACCUCAACUUUCAACUCCGCUACCCGAUCGUUGCAACGAAGAAGAAGAAGAACAACUACAAAAUAAGGUUGUGCUCAAACCUGAAUUCGUCACCAAUGAAGAAAUCGUACAAGAAGCUUGGCAGAUCGUCAAUGAUAGCUUUCUCGAUACCGGUCGCCACCGCUGGUCUCCUCAAUCCUGGGAGCAAAAGAAGGAGGAUAUUUUGGGGACUUCGAUUCAAACGAGGUCUAAGGCUCAUGAGUUAAUCAAAAGAAUGCUGGCGAGUUUAGGGGAUCCUUACACGCGAUUCCUCUCACCAGCCGAGUUCUCGAAGAUGGCGAGGUAUGACAUCACUGGUAUUGGAAUAAACAUUAGGGAAGUUCCAGAUGAUACUGGCAGUGUAAAACUGAAGGUACAAGGACUUAUAUUGGAUGGCCCUGCUCAUACUGCAGGAGUAAGACAGGGAGAUGAAGUUUUAGCUGUUAAUGGAGAGGAUGUUGUGGGGAAGUCGGCCUUUGAAGUUUCAUCUUUGUUACAAGGUCCUAAUGAAACCUUUGUGACCAUUAAGAUCAGGCAUGGCAAUUGUGGACCUACCCAAUCUCUAGAAAUCCAAAGACAACUUGUUGCUCGAUCACCUGUUUUUUAUCGGUUGGAACAAGUUAGUAACAGCCCCAGUUCUGUUGGGUAUAUGAGGCUAAAGGAGUUCAAUGCAUUGGCUAGAAAAGAUCUGGUCAUUGCAAUGAAGCGACUUCAGGAUAUGGGUGCUUCAUAUUUCAUUCUGGAUCUUAGAGACAAUCUUGGAGGACUAGUACAGGCUGGAAUUGAAAUUGCCAAGCUAUUUCUGAAUAAAGGGGAAACGAUCAUUUACACAGUUGGGAGGGAUCCACAGUACCAGAAGAAUGUUGUUGCUGAUACUGCCCCGUUGGUUACAUUGCCUGUAGUUGUUUUGGUGAAUAACAGAACUGCUAGCGCAAGUGAAAUUGUUGCUUCUGCUCUUCAUGAUAACUGCAGAGCUGUUCUUGUUGGGGAGAGGACUUUCGGCAAGGGUCUGAUUCAAUCUGUCUUUGAACUUCGAGAUGGAUCUGGGGUAGUUGUCACUGUAGGACAGUAUGUAACACCAAAUCAUUUGGACAUCAAUGGCAAUGGAAUAGAACCCGACUUUAGAAACUUCCCGGGUUGGAGCGAUGUUUCACAGCAUCUGUUGAAGUGCAAUUUGCAUCAACAAGGCUAGAAACAGUUCAUAUCCUCAAAAUUGUUGCUGCUAAAUGGAGGUAUGAUGUGGAUUUGCCUGCCCAGUAGCUGCACUCGAGGGAUUUGAGAUGAAAAUGAAGACUUGAGAGCUGAUUUUCCACGCAGGGCUUUGGCUUAUAUCCUGUAUGGCAAAGUGGGAUUAUUGUUUAGGUUUGCUGGAUUCAGAGUUCAGUCUACAAGAACACCAGCAGAAGUAAAACGGUCUGCCAAGACGGAUUUACCAUGAGGCAACGGAGGCAAUUGCCCCAGCUGAAAAAUCCUAAAAUAUAUUACUUCGUAAUUAUCAUUAUCAUUUCUUAUAAAAAAACAGAUUUUACUGUACCAAUGAAAGAAAAUAUUUAUCUGUCCAAUUAUCAAUAAAAAAGAUCUAUUUAUCGCUUUGGGUGGA